AUGAGGCAGUUCUGUGCCUUCACAUGCAGUACCAGCAAAGAAGACAAACUGUCCAGUCGUAUACAGCGUACUCUAGGAAACUAUGACGAAAUGAAGGAUUUUAUAGGAGAUAGAUCAUUACAGAAACUUGAUGAAAUCCCAAAGCAUGCCAUCUCAUCUACCACAGAUGGAAAAUCCAGCCAAGGUUUUUUUGGUGAACAACGUCACAGCAGCUCCCACCAGAGCAGUAAAUGGACCCCUGUUGGGCCAGCACCGAGCACUUCACAAUCACAGAAACGUUUUGGUUCAAGUCAUAGUAGUAGUCAGAGGACUAGUAGUAGUAGCCAGCGGCAUGAUCGUGAUUCUUAUAGUAGCAGUAGUCGUAAAAAAAGUCAGCAUGCCUCUGAACACUCCAAGUCCCACUCUUCGAGUCCUGGAAAAUUGUCUGUCUCAUCUUUAAGCUCUAGUCAUUCCAGGUCACAUGGGCCAGAUCACCACAGUAAGGAACACCAACGCUCUAAAUCACCACGUGAGCCUGAUGGAAACUGGGACUCUCCUUCUAGAGUUCAUUCAUUUUCUUCCAGUGGACAGCACAAUAACCAGUCCUUCCCUCCAUCAUUGAUGUCAAAGUCUAGUUCAAUGCCACAAAAGCCCACUGCUUAUGUGAGACCUAUGGAUGGACAGGAGUCCAAUGAACCAAAGUUGUCCUCUGAACACUAUGGUAGUCAAGGUCAUGGUAACAGCCUGAAUGAACUUAAGCCUAGUAAAGCCUCUCUCACCAAACUUAAAAUACCAUCUCAACCUCUAGAUGCAUCAAUGUCUGGUGAUGUUAGCUGUGUGGAUGAGAUACUAAAGGAAAUGACUCAGACGUGGCCACCACCUCUAACUGCUAUUCAUACUCCUUGCAAAACAGAGCCAUCAAAAUUUCCAUUCCCUACAAAGGACUCGCAGCUUUCCAGUUUUGGAAAUGGAGGACAGAGUAAAUACAACCCGUGUGUGAUGACUGCAGCAGGGCAUUCCUCCUCAUCCUGUGUUUCCUUUUUUUACAGUAUGCUUAAAGAUGACCUAAAACUUAGUAGUAGUGAGGACAGCGAUGGAGAACAGGAGUGUGAAAAGGCUGUGUCAAAGAAUGUAUUGGGAAGUUCUGGCCCUCCACAUCAUAACAGUGAAACUGCAGAAAAUUCCAGAGAAGACACCAGUAGUCACAGUGGAUCAGAAAGUAGUUCUGGAUCAGAUUCUGACAGUGAAAGUAGCUCAAGUGACAGUGAAGCAAAUGAACCAUCUCGAAGUGCUUCUCCAGAGCCUGAACCACCACCUACAAACAAGUGGCAGCUGGAGAACUGGUUGACCAAUAUGAACCCUCAAAAAGCAUCACCAGCUUCAUCUGUUGAUAGCAACAUCCCAUCAUCUUUAAGCUACAAGAAAGAGAACCAUGAACAAAUGUCUGGUAGUAGUUUUGGGGACCAGUGUGUGUCUAAAGAUUCUAGUUCUUCUGCUCCUGGAAGGGACUCUAGGCCAUCACAGAAAAGCUCUGAGAGCAGCAGAGGACGACAGAAAUCCCCUGGUCAAAGUGAUAGCAGUAUGACACAGAGAAGGACAAUGGGGAAAAAGCAGCCCAAAAAGGGAGAUAAGGGAGCUGUCGUUGAAGAACCAAGAGGUGGACUAAAGGUUGAAAGUGAGACAUCUUCAGAAAUUUCAACUAGUAUACCUUCAAAUCGGCACAUUGCAGCUACAAAGGGAUCCCGAAAACCUAGCAUAAAGAAAGAACCCAAAUCUUCCCCUCGACCAGCAGGAGAGAGGAAAAAAAAGCUUCCUUGCAAGCCCUCCCAAAAGUCCAAGGAAUUUGUUGAAACAGACUCCUCUUCAUCUGAGUCAGAUGAAGAUGAAAGUCUACCUUCUUCUUCACAGACUCCUAAGUAUUCUGAUUGCAAUAGGACUCCUGUAAGUAAACCUUGUACAGAAGAGGAGGAUAAUUUUUUCCGUCACCGAAUAUUCUCUCCUAUGGAUGACAGAGGACUUCUUUCUCCCCUCAGUGACCAUGAUGAGAGGUACUCUGUACCAUCACUUAUUGUUAAAAUUAACUUGAACCUUUUGUCUAGAGUACCUGGAAGACCAUACAAAGAAACUGAGCAACCCAAAACUGAGAAGUGCUCACAAGACAGGCACGUAAGAGAGUCGCAAAAAUCAUCUUCAGACAAAAGUUCUGUGAAAGGGAAGAGAAAACAUAAGAAUGAAGAAGAAACUGGAAGCAGUGACACCAAAAAAACAAAAUUGGAAGAAAAAAAUGUGUCAAGUCAUAAGACAUCUAAUAGUAAGGAGUCUAUGAAACAGACUGUUGUGAAAGAAAAGGAAAUGCUGCCUUCACCUGCUGCACCUGCACCACAGAAAGACCCCAAGUCGGAGCUUCCAAAUAGAAAGAGAACCAUCAGUCAGUCUUCAAUCUCCAAAUCAAAUAGCAGCAGUAGUAAAGAGAGUACCGGUGCAAGCAGUGGCAAAAGCAGUUCUACCUCUUCUAAGCAUAAGAAAACAGAAGAAAAGGUCUCUAUCAGUUCCAGAGAUAGCAAGGAGAAGACUCAAAGCAGCUCAAGUUGUCCUCCUCCUUCCGUAUCUUCUGCAGAUUGUCCAAAGGCACGAAGGACAAAAAUUACAUUUGAAGACAGGAUUCAUUCAGCUGAUCACUACUUGCAAGAAGCCAAAAAGCUUAAACAUAAUGCUGAUGCAUUGUCGGACAGGUUUGAGAAAGCUGUGAACUACCUUGAUGCUGUUGUGUCUUUUAUUGAAUGUGGAAACGCACUCGAGAAAAGUGCCCAGGAAUCCAAAUCUCCUUUUCCUAUGUAUUCAGAGACUGUGGAGCUAAUCAAGUACACUAUGAAACUAAAGAACUACAUGGCACCUGAUGCAACAGUUGCAGACAAGAGGCUUGCAGUACUUUGUCUUCGAUGUCAGGCUCUUUUAUAUUUAAGACUGUUCAAACUGAAAAAAGAGAGUGCACUGAAGUAUUCAAAAACAUUAACUGAACACUUGAAGAAUUCCAUAAACAAUUCUCAAGCUCAGUCUCCUGGAAGCAAACCUGUCAACAUGCCUUCUCCUGUUUCACCGAAGUUGUCUCCAGGGAACACAGGAAGUUACACUUCAACAACAAAUAACCCAUCAAGCAGCAGUUCGUCUGUCACAAUCCCUCAGAGAAUCCAUCAGAUGGCUGCCAGCUAUGUCCAAGUUACAUCUAAUUUUCUAUAUGCCAUUGAAGUGUGGGACCAAGCUGAGCAACUAACUAAAGAACAGAAAGAUUUCUUUGCUGAGCUGGAUAAAGUAAUGACUCCGCUGAUGUUUAAUUCAAGUAGUAUGACAGAGCUGGUCCGCUUUACACGACAAGGGUUGCACUGGCUGAGGUUGGAUGCCAAUUUGAUACCUUAAAGAACGGGGAGAAGAUAACUACCAGCACACUGAAUUUCAGCAUGAACUUGCUGCCUCAGAUUCUCUUUCCACAACACUGUGUCCCUUUUGGAAGGAGACUGCCAUAAUUCCUUGCUGUCAUGACACUAAGUACAAGUAAUUUUACCUCAUGCAACAGUCUGCUACAUCGUCCCUGGUCACAUUGCAGUAUUGUGCAUGUGACUGAAACCAUUCUUCCUGUUAAGUGUUUAAAAACUGAAAUCUGCACAAAUUGUCAGACAUUUAUUUUCUUAACAUGGUCCAGAAACCGGAUUACUUCUGUGUUUCAUUUUAUUGAUCUUAUUUAUAUUAACUUUCCAAAUUGCAUAAUAGUUCAUUUUUUAAUUAUAUGUUGCCCUAUUCUUUGACAUAACUGCCCCUUUGAAUUCAUUGUUGUAUUUUGUUGACAUUUAUUUUCUAUUGUAAAUUUUGUGCACUCUAGCUCAUUAUUAGUACGUUGUCUUUUAUUAAGUUUAAAGUAGAAUAAGACUUGAAAAUGUGUUUUUGGAAGCAAAAAACAGCACACUAAUGUAAGUCUUAAAUUUUAAUGACGCUUUAAUAAUCCUGUAAUUUCCACCUUAUUUUUUAAGUUUAUUUAUCUGUAAUUUUACCCAGUAGAGUAUUGCACUGAAAAGCAAAUUCAGCAUAAUUGUAUAUUUAAAUUUGAAGGAAUUGAAAUGUUACUCCUUCAGAACAUUUCUUAUAAAGUAAUUAAUAUGAUCAUUUAUUUAAUAUUUUAAAUUUACCUAUGUACAGCUGCUUCCCACUAAAUCCUACCUACAGAGUGGCACUUCAGCACAUAGUUGGGCUCUGUAUGCUAAAAGAAAUUAGAACUUUGGCUACAUUUGUGUUCCAUAACUGCACAGAAGUCACAGAUUGUGUAGAUCUAUAACUAAAGUGGACGCAGUUCUUAGAAUCAUCAGUGGGAUUCUUUUUGGCAGGUUCAAAGGUAUGUACUUUGUCUCAUGAUAACAUAUUUCCAGUAUUUUGCUUCCUGCUUUUCAGAGAGACCCUGUACUGGUUACUUAAACAUUUUGUAGACUGCUACAUUGAUUCCCCUCUCUGAAAUAUGGCGUCCGAUAUAAAUUUUGUUAAGCAAACCAGAGUGUUGAUAUUUCUCUCUUAAAAUGCAAGGAGGCAAUUGUAGGUCUGAUAUGCACAUGUCACUUAGUUUUGGGUUGUUUUUAUUUUUAAACCAUACUGAUGUUUGUAAAGAAGUUUAAAAGUUUCAUUUCUCUGUUGCACAGUGUUGAUAUGCAGCUGCUGAAUGCAUUACUGCCAGUAAAUCCAGAGCUUUUUUGUCUGGUUUUAACUUAUGAAGUAUUUAAAAUGCAUGUAUCUGAUCCUUAUUGCUGAGUACAUUUAAAUAGGAAGCAUUAAUGUAGCAGUUACAAAAUGAAAUGAUGCUAAAAGCACUGUAUGAGAAAUAAUGAGACCGAAGAAAUUUUCCACAAGGGUGUUUUGUGUUCUAACCCUCAAAGCUUGAGUCUUGUGGAAACUAUGUUUAAAAACAAAAGAUACAGGAAUACAGAGAACUACAAAUUGUAGCUAGAGUUAGAAAUGUAUCACUUUUAUAAAGUUUUGCAUUUAUUGCAUUUACAGGGUCCUUCAGAGGGUAAACUAAGUUGCUUACAAGAAGGUAAUAUUGCUGUAGGCUAAUUUGGCAUUUGCAGAAACCCCUCCUAAUUCAGGCUUCUCUAGGAACAUUGUGUAAGAGAAAAAACUUUGAUUUAUUUGGUAACCUUUUUUUUUUUUUUACACAGACAAUCUUUUUAUGCAUUGUAUUUCAAUAAAAAUACAUUGCCAGUUUUUAAUGAUACUUUAGUGCUUGCAGGCACAAAGGUCUGUGAUAAAUUGUGUUAAGAAGUCAUUACAUUAAAAAGUAAAUACUGCUUCCAGAAGCAGUGCAAAUUGGAGAUUAACAUUUAUGAAUUUACUGCUGGUGUGAAUUAACAGCAUAUAUUGAUGAGUUGCAAAUACAACAUAUUUGCAGUAAAGUAUUUUACAGGGUAAUAGUAAAAGUUCAUAUUUUUAUAUUUCUAUACUAUUUGUGGAAGUUGUGCUGGUCUCUGAGGAAUGACCUACAUUAUUUUUGUCCAGAAUAGAAGCUCGCAUAUACACAGUAGAAGCCACUAUGCUUAUUUUCUUUUCAUACGCUUUGUUUCCAACGUAAGGUGGUGUUUCAUCUAUAUGAUCAGGUGAGCAUUUUUAAAGUCAAACCAGUGUAGUAUUAAAAAUAUUGCCAAUUUUUGUGGGUGGGAAUAAGGUACUUUAGGCUGUUUUCGAGGACUGAACAAGAAAAAAAGCAGUUAAUCUAUGAUGAAUUAUUGAUUCCCCUAUAAAUGUGUUCUCCUUUGUUAGCAUGGCAUUGUAUUACGCUUAUCCCAUAUGUGAUGUGCCUUAUGUUGGUAUCUGUUAUUUAAGAAAUUAUAUUUUUAAAACAAAGUGUCUUAAUGAAGCUGUACAGCUUCUGUUUGAGUCCUCCUGUUCUGGUGUCUUAGAUGUAAAUGAAACACUGUGUCUACUUAAGUAUUAAUUUUUGCACCAGCAUAUUUGUUAUAAAUAUAUGUGCUGGCAUGAGUGGAGCUUUAUACAAGAUAGCAGUGAGGUGGCAGUAUUGUGUCUUGUGAACUGUACCUAUCAACAUUGUGCUGCUUCAAAGUUUGUUACACAAUUUUAACAUACCUAAAAGAAAAAGUAUGCCUACUAUGUUUUAAGUGGAUGUAAAUGGCAGUAAUCUGACUGCAAUAUGUCAACAAUAUACCCUUUGAUUUUUUUGUAUGAAAGAUUAGAGUUCUAGAUAUUUGCAGAUUGCCCUUUUUGUGUGGCGCCCUUACUGCUGUUUAUUUCCAGCCCAUUACUCUCAUGCCUUUUUUUUCAGGUGUGUUAAAAUGUGCAGUAUUCCUGGAUGUUCCUGAAAUUUGUCAAUGGCAGGAAACUCUUGUCUUUAUAGUGUUAUCUCCACUCUGAUUAUUGUAACAUAUACAAUAAUAUUGUUCAUGUAGUACGUGAACUUCAGAGCUGCUGUCUUUCUUAACACAGGCAAAUACACUGUAUGAGCUGUGAUUAUUUGGCUGAACGUACACAGCACCAUUAGUUUUACCUUUGAGGUGAGUUUUCCUGACUGGACCAGGUACACAUUAAGUAAUGUGGCAUUUUCAUUGUUGAAGCUCUUGAUUCCUGGCGAUUAGGGCUUUUUGUACUUGCAUACAAGUGUUAAUGUUAUUACUAAAUCUGUACUGAAUCUUCUGAACUGUGGAUACAAGCUCUUUUAACCUGGAAGAACACAAGUAUACUAAGGUAUAAAAUUAUUUGCACUACUCAUACUUCUUUUACUCGGGACUUUUAUGUGCCAAAAUAUGUAUAGUGCUUAAAAACACAAGAGUAGAAAUGUAGCAUAUCUUAUCACUGUCUUUUUAUGUAUUUGAUGAGAUAAAGAAAACAGGCGUAUAUUUAGCACCACAUGAACUGCUUUUGUGUGGUAUGUUCUCAUACCUUAUACUUAUGGAACAGACAAAAAGUACUUAGAAAAAAAUGUGUAAGUUUUGUUUGGUAAGUGUGUAACCAGCUGGACAUUUUGUGGUGUACUUUUAAGUUCUUCAUUUAAAAAAAAAGGAAAGAAGAAAAGGUAACCAUUAGUUGCAGUGUGUUUUUUUUGUUAGACUUAAAAUGAUGAUUUGAACAUCUGAUUUUUUUGUUAGCAGAAGUGCAUAUAUUUUGCACUGUAGCUGAAGCAUGGAAAUAACUACGUUUUGGAUGCAAACAAGUGAGCAAUGUGUACUUCAUGCCCCCAUACAACCUUCAUAGUUUAUGUAGUACGCAUUAGACUGACACAUUAUCAGUUCAUUUUACUACUAGCAUAAAAUAAUUUGAGAAUAAGUUAUCUUAACAUUUAUAUCGUCAGCAUGCAUUUUUUUUGCUUCUAGCCCAUAACAAAGGAUCAUUUAACAUUGCAAGUGCAGAUACUACAGUACAUGCUGUUUCAGUGUACAUUUUUACGGUCUUUGUCAGAAGUAACCAUUGAUAUAUUAAAUGUUUAUUAAAGAUA